AUGGGGGACAGGGAGGGGAUGAGACAACUCUCCAAAAUGCAGGGUUUUGGAGACAGCUCGGUGAGAACACAGCCCCUCGUCUCUUCCCGGGCUCUUCUCGCUGCCGGGCUGGCGGUAUGGCUGCUCUCCUCAUCCCGCAGUAGCGCGCAGGAUCCGCCAGGGAUCAGGCCAUCACCGGGGAUGAAUCCGAGCCCGCCGGGGCGCUGCUCCGGCCACGGGAGGCUUGACAGCAGACAGGGCCCGCCGCUGGAUUUAUGGAGCACGUCUCUUGUCCCAAGGGCUCCCCUCCUUAACCCCUCACCCACAGGCGCCUCAGCCCCCCCGGGGAGUCGAGACGCCACUCGACACCUCGAGGCGAGGUAUUUCGGGUUUUAUUCUAGUUUGCGCAAAACAGAAAGCUGGGUGGUAUCCCACAAAAGUGUAGCCCAGGGACAUCAAAACUUUACACCUGCUAUACCUUUUAACAAACAAAGGCAUCAGCAUUCCUCGGUUACCAUCUACGGUGCGACAUCCACAAUUCUCCCGCACCUGGGCACGCACCUGGCGGGCACGGGCGGGGCGCUGGCACGCCGCGCACACUGCGCAUGCGCGCUCACCCGGCCGUGCCGUGCGCAGCGGGCCGCGGCGCGGGGCCGGCGCGUGCGCGGUUGCCGGGGCGACUGGAACACAACAUGGCGGCCUGAGGGGAGCGCCAGGAGCGGGGCUCGGUGGGGCCCGGCCGCUCAUCCGCCAACCCCGGCACCUACGGGACGGCGCGGCAGGCACAUCUUCACCUUUGACUACAACAAAUUCAGAGAUGAAUACCCUGGCUCCCUUUCACUGCAGAACACCCUGAAGUUAAGAGAUUUUGGAUCUUGUAGGAGUAUCUAUUCUCAGCACGCACACAGUACCUCCCCACACUGGUACUGAGCACCUGAAUGUUUGCUUACAAAAGGGCUCUGUAGUUACAAAAUUGGCAAGUGGAGUCCUGGCUGUUUCUAUGAAAUCACAAGUUUCCAGCUUCUUUUUCUUGGAUAUAAUGAGUUGGACCACAUCUCAAAAAUCCAUGAAGUGACAGGCACUCCUGGUAACAAAACUUCAAAAGUUCAGGCAGAGAAGCCACUUCCCUCAAAUUUAGUUCUGGGAUUCAUCAGUGUAGGUUUUCUACGAAGUUCCUUAAGGCAAGAUUUCAAGAAACAUCAAGUAAGGUGGAUCUUACUCAGUUUGGCACAUACAGUACUUCAAGGAUAUUGAUUUCCUAACAAGUUCCUUGCUGUUAAACCUCUGGAGACAACUUACACUUCUCUGGCUAAUGGAUGAAUAGGCAAACUUGAGUUUUCCCAUCUGAUUUAAAGUUAAAAUACACCAAAACUUUAAACCACAAACUGGCAAGGACAGUUCCUACCCUCAUUAUUCCAGCUAAAAUUCCAUACUGAGAUUAUCUGUGUUCUGCUCACUUUUAUUUUUUUCAUGUAGUAGGAAAAAUGUUUUUAUUAAAAGCUGUAUCUGCAGUAGAGGUCAUAAGUUCCUUCCAGGUAAGUUAUUAGUAUCCUGUUUCUUAAUAAAAUAAUUUUCUUCCAUAAGGAAUAGUGUCUGGUAUGGGCAAUUCAAGCUUCUAGAUGAUUGCCCUAAAUAGUAAAGAAGAGGCUGAAAAAAGAAAACCCACACACAUUCCUUGUGUGCUGCUGGACUACGAUUUGUGGCAGGGACAUACCCUGCCAACACAGAUGUGAGUAGAUGCUGCUGUUCCCCUGAUGUUGGAUAUUGCAGUUCUUUGCCUACUGGUUUUGUAUUUUUCCGGCUGAAGGAAAAAAGUCUUUUAAAGUUACUGCAUAUUUUUUCAACUAUUUCAUUUUGACUCAGACCAUAUGAAGCACUUAUCUAGAAGAAGUCUACGGGGAGAUAACUACACUAGUUUUCAGUGAUGAGGUUUAUCUGUAUUUUAACAGUUAAACCCACUAUGUUAAUAAAACAAAACUUCUGAAAAAUAAUCCUGCUCAGUUUCAGUAUUUUCCCCAUGCCUUGUAUUUUAGAAGAAGACAGAUAAGAAUUGUAAAGCACAGUUACAUCUUGAAUAAAGUAGGGAACUAAUUCCCAGCUUAUAAACGGAUCUGGCAUUUCUCUACACACUGGCUGCAUUGCAAGGAUGAGACUUAGUUACAAGCUACUGCAGUUGCUUCUCACCAAAUGUUCAUUCAUUUCCUGAAAGCAAAUCAUUUUUCAUGCCAGAAAAUGUCUUAAGUCUACUUGUAAUAAAAAAAAUUCUACCCAGCUUUAUUGUUGGAGAGCAGGAACGGCAUUGGGCAUUAACUUGUGCCCACAGAUACAGUAUGUGCAACCUCAGGCAAGUACAUGGUUCUGGGCAAGCAGCCUCUGUUCUACUCUGCCUGCAGGGUUCUGCAAAUCCCAGUUGUGAACGUUGCUGCGUAAGGAAAAAGGAAGCAUAUGAUGGAUACUUCUAUUCUCUGUUAGUCUGGGGCUGGACAUGGAGGAUUAGUCUUUGCAAGAACUACUGGAAACAAGUUAAGUGGUGUGUUGGCUGAUUCAAAAUGACAAGUGUUUAGACAAGCAACAUUAACUUCUGCAAAUCCAUGGAUAUGUCUAUCCCCACCACACUUACCAGUUUAAGACCACUGAAUUAUAAAUGAGAUGCCUGAUGUAAGACAAAUGAGUCUCAGAAAUGCUACUCCAAUAUGUUAGCCCAGUUUCUGAUUGACAAGUCAGAAAGUGUGUACAGCUACUGCUGUGGGAUCUUCCACUUCCCAACUCCAAAUGCAUGGGACUACAUGAUAACAAAAUCCUUACCCCAUGAAGUUGCCUGUCUGUGAAGUUGCUGCUCUAUGAUGUAUUUAAACUGCAGGAUGUGUUUGGAGAUUAAACAUUAAGAACAAGAACAGA